AUGGUGAAUGAAAAUAAGAAAACUGAGGAUAAUGUCAUCAGUACAUUAGGCGACAUUAAACAAAUUGUUGCUGAUUUUACAGACAUGUAUGCAGAUAUGAGAGAAAACAUAACGGACGAUAUGUUAAAGAGAGGUGAUGAGCUAGAAAGGAGAGAAGAAAAACUUGCUCAACCUUCAGUUGCAUUCUACGCACAUCAAUUGAAAGACGUGCUUCUUGAUACAACGGAUGAGAUUCUCAUAUUCGAGAAGACGUUCACUAACGAGGGAACUGGUUACGACACGUCUACAGGAUUGUUCACGGCACCUGUUGGAGGACUGUACCAGUUUAAUGUUCAUACAUGUGCUUAUAAUGGAAAAUAUUCCUAUCUGGGCCUAGUGAUGGAAGGUAACGUCAUUGCAGCAGAUGCUAACUUUGGUGAUGCUAAUUUUGGCUGUAAUACAUUUGGUGCAAUAAUAAGAGUAAAAUCAGGAUCAAAAGUUUGGGUCAAAUCAACAUCGUCAAGCUCUGGUUACCAGCUAUAUCAAAACUCACUCAGGAUGAACACAUUUAGCGGUGUACUUGUCAAUCACUGA